GUGGGCAAAGCAAGCGACUGGUUCAGUCUGCGAUACACAGUCGAAGCUGCAAGAUCGAUCCGCCGGAACAGCCGCCUGGUCCCUGUACCCGUGUGCCCAAGUUCAAGCCCCGUGCCUCCAAUCCCGAGUCAAUUGCCGGUGUUCGCUGCAAUUCCUGAGUGAAGUGAACGAUUUAUGGAAAUUUAUUGAUUGCCAUUCAGGCCGACAAGUGUGUGAAUAAAAAUAAAAAUAAAAACAAACAACUGAAUACCUUUAAAAUGGAAUACAAGCGACCAGCUCCGAUCCAGACAAUGCUGUUAAUUAUGAUAGUGCUCAUCGCCAGCUCGGGCAGCGUACACGGUCAGUCCUAUCUCUUCAGCCUGGAGAACUUCCUGAACGAGUCUUCCCGCCAGCAGCCCUAUAACCUCACCUCCUCAAACGGAACUUCGGAUGCGGACCUCUUUCCAGAUACCAUUACGAACAACACCCGGAUAAUUGUCUACAAGAACACCGUCGUCGAGUCAUCCAACGAUCUAUCCCAGACAGCAAUGGAUGUGAUCACAAUUGUGUGGUAUGUGGCCACCUUUCUGGCCCUGGCUGCCUUCUUUAUGUUAAUGGCCUGCUCGGACCGUCGCUGCCGUGACAUGCGUCGUCGUCCAGCUGGAGGACAGUCCACCGAGGGAUUGAGGGCGCCGCCAACCCCCUCACCAUCGUACAGUGAAUUCGCCCCACCCAGCUAUGAUACUGUCAUCAAAAUGCAGCAUGCGGCCAAGACGAGCGUGUUUGUUAUACCAUUCAACAGCAAGGGCGGUGAACUUAGUGCCCCGCCUGCCACACCGCCGCCGCCACCGACACCUGCAGUUACCUGUAGUGUAAUUACAGUUAAUGAACUGCAAAAGUCGGCCAACUAACCGAUAAGCAGCAGGUGACGACAUUGAGUUUCGACCUGAGUUUUUGCCAACCACCCAUCUCUGUGAUAUUUGCUGUUUUACGGCAGUUAGCCAAGUAUUUGUUGCCGUAGGAUUACCCUAAAAAAAGACUGACAAUGAAAGAUAUCUGUUUGUGCAUAUGCAUUCAAAUGCCAGUUCAACUGAAAUUAGAUGAAUAACUAAGUAAUAUAAUAAAUAAUAAAUAUAAAAAAAUGUAAAAGCA